AUGUCUAGUAGGUCGUUGCCUGCUAAUCCUUGGACUAAAUGCUGGGCACCUACCUCCCCGUAUCUUUGGCAGUUGAUUUUUAGGCAUCCCUCUGGUUACCCAAGAUACAAAAUAAUUCCAGGCGGGUACCAUAUCCAGGCACCAGCACCCUUUCUCGUCAACAUCGACACUACCAGGCAAGUGCAUCGCAGACAAAUCGGCACUGGUUUAGUGGUUGAUGGAAAUAUCAAGGGAGUCUCAGUGAUCAUGGAGCGGGCAUCUUUGCUAUUGAGUCUCUCACCUGAGCUCAUCUUCCAAAUCGUCGACCACAGUCCUUCCACCGUUCUUACUCUCGCCCUCACCUGCUCUUCCUUGUACCGCCUAUGUCAGCCUGUUCUGAAGCAGCAUCGCGAUGCUUACAAAAAGUACAGAGUUACCUCCGAUUUGUCCCCAGAAACAGUGCUUCACCUCUUUAUAGUUGGCCCCACGGCGAAAAUUGAGAGAUGGCAUGUUCGUGAGCUGGAGAUUUGGGGUUCUCGAGAAAGCUGGGAAGAUUGGCGGUCUUGGGCUCCAAAGCUGCCUGGUCGAUACGGACUUGCGAAAGAAGCUCCUUCGAGAUCGGCUUUGAGUGCACAGGAACUUCAGAGAUACAGCCCGAAAGGAACCGAAUGGUGGAGGUUCUCUGAAGAAGAAGUCAGCAAUGUCCAAAGAACUCUAGAAUCUGGCAAUGAUGGAUAUCUGAAAAUGCUCCUCAGCGCCUCAUGCCCUCGCCUUCACAGCAUCAGAUUUGCCAAGCGACUGGGCGAUGCCUGGUCAAGCCUCAUGUGGAUUACCAAAGCUAUCGUAAGGAGCGAACAUUGUGGCGGUAUAUGGCCGCCGGGCUUUCAUUCGCUACAAAAUGUGGCGGUUGAUGUUUCAAUAGGUCUAUCUCCCGAUCAAGACGACGAUGAGAUACAUGGUGCCGGCCUUGCGACGCUUUUACACCUCCCCCAUAUCAAAAACCUGUACUACUGUAAACCUUCUCCAAACAGAGAAGACGAAGAGGAUGAGGACUUCGAAUUCUACAAGCUGUAUCGUCUUCCCACUGGUACGUCGAGUGUCGAAAGCAUCUUUCUCGACUGCCCAGACAAUCUUCCAGAAGAAUUCUACGAUGCCCUUGCCAGCGCACCAAAGGGACUUGACACAUUCGCUAUUAGGGCUACAUGCUCGUAUGAGCAUAUUUUAAACGAUGUCGAUUCGCUCGUGAGCGCCCUUGCUGACAAGAACCCACAACUAAAGCGACUUAUCGUGUAUAAUGGUAUGGGACUCGGUAGCGAAUAUGAGGGGGUGUUUUCGUGUCCUCCUUCUGACUUCAAGUGCUUUGAGGCCAUCAAGCAUUUAAGUAUAGGAGCUGAUGACUUUGAAAACGAGGGCAGCUGUCAUGCUCACGGACAGGACCCAGACAUUGUGGACGACGAAUGGUUCCAUAACAUCGAGCGAUCAGAAACCCUCGAUUUCUUACUCUCGCAAGUCAUCGAGUCAGGCGCCUACAAAGGUCUCAAAGUCAUCUACGUCGAAAACGUGGAAGGCUGGGCUUGCUGGAGUGGCAGGCCAACACGGAAGCAGCUUGCUUUCCAAAAGACCACCGCUGCGGGACGAAAGGCUGGCGUACAUAUCUGCACGCUCAUGAACAGAGGUGAUGGAGGUUAUUGGAAGAAUUUCCCUGCCAAGCCUGAUCGGUUUGACCUCAAGACCGGCCCCUGUAGAGGGAAGAGACCGGCGGAUUGGAGGCUGAACCUUGACACUGGUAAAUGGGGCCCAGAUUGUAUGGGAUGUGGAGAGUGUAAGAAAUGUUUGGCGGUCUAUCCUCCUGAGCUGUGGAAAAAGCAUAAGACUGUCGAAGGAUGA